CGGUUCUGAGCCUGUGAGGAGCAGACCGUCGUGCCCCUCUUGGAUUACCCGCCUCAGCCACACACACUGGACGCCAGAGGGAGAGUGUAGCGCCGAAGAGGAGACACGCCGCAGACCGCACUAUGGGGGUCAAAAAUGGCGGGGGGGCGGGCUCCCAGUCGAGUUUAAACGACAUAGCCUCGACGAGUUCAGAGGCGAAUCUGGAUGUGGUAGAGGCUCCGUCAGACAUCGUGCUGACUGAACCUGAGCGAAAGUACCUCCUGUUUGUGCAGCGAGGUGACGUGGCCUCCACCAGACGACACCUGGAGAAGUACAAGGACAAGCCGCAGGAGUUGGACAUUAAUUGCAAGGAUCCUCUCGGCCGCUCCUCCAUUGCCGUGGCCAUUGAGAAUGAGAACCUGGAUCUGCUGGAGUGUCUGCUGGAGUACAAAGUGAAGCCCAAGGACGCCCUUCUCCACGCCAUCGCUGAACAGUAUGUGGAGGGAGUGGAGGUCCUUCUGGCAUGGGAGGAGAAGAACCAUAAGAAAGGAGAACCCUAUAGCUGGGAGACCAUGACAAGAGACACUGCAACUUUCACCAAGGACAUCACCCCUCUGAUUCUCGCUGCUCACCACAAUAAUUACGAAAUCCUGAAGCUCCUACUGGAUAGAGGCGCGUCCUUACCCAUGCCCCAUGACAUCAGGUGCGGUUGUGACGAGUGUAUCAUUUCAACUGAGGACGAUUCCCUCCGCCACUCGCUGUCCCGUAUCAACGCGUACAAGGCCCUGGCGUCCCCGUCCCUCAUCGCCCUCUCUUCCAAGGACCCCAUCCGCACCUCCUUCGAGCUUUCCGGGGAACUGCGCCGUCUGCAGGGCAUGGAACACGAAUUUAAGACCGAGUACAUUGAACUACGGAAGCAGGUGAUGAAGUUUGCGACUGAAUUGCUGGACCAGACGAGGACGAAAUCCGAGCUGGCCAUCAUGCUGAACUACGACCCUGACGGCGACGCGUGGAACGAGGGCGAGGUCAACACUCUGGAGAGACUCAAGAUGGCCAUCAAGUACUCUCAGAAGCCGUUUGUGGCCCACCCCAACGUGCAGCAACUCCUGGGCGCCAUCUGGUAUGACGGCCUGCCUGGGUUUCGGCGCAAGGACAUGAUCAGUCAGUGUGUCGAGGUGGUAAAGUUGGCAGCAAUGUUCCCUGUGCUCUCCAUGGCUUAUAUGAUCAGUCCAAGCUCCGAAAAAGGCCAUUUCAUCAAGAAGCCCUUCGUUAAGUUCAUCACUCACUGCGCCUCCUACAUGUUCUUCCUUAUGCUCCUGGCCCUCGCAUCCCAGCGCAUCGAGUACCUUCUGAUCGAGUGGUUCGGCAACGCCUGGCUUCGCUCUCUCCUCGAGGAAUGGAAGAUGAAAGAACGCGGCUCCUUACCGGGUCCCAUCGAAUUAGGAAUCAUUAUGUAUAUCUUCAGCUUGAUAUGGGCCGAGAUCAAGUCCUUAUGGAACGAUGGUGUCAUGGAAUACAUCAAGGAUCUCUGGAACAUCAUCGAUUUUAUCACCAACUCCUUCUUCAUGACGUGGGUGUUGCUGAGAACCACCUCCUUCCUCCUGGUGCAGCUGGACCUGUGGCGCGGGCUGUGGCCUUACUACCCCAGGGAGAUGUGGCACCCCUUUGACCCCAUGCUGCUAUCUGAAGGCUGCUUUGGUGCCGCUAUGAUUUUCAGCUUCCUCAAACUGGUGCACAUCUUCAGCGUCAACCCUCAUCUUGGACCUCUGCAGAUCUCCCUUGGCCGCAUGAUCUUCGAUAUUCUCAAGUUCUUCUUCUUGUACACCCUCGUGCUGUUUGCCUUCGGGUGUGGUAUGAAUCAGCUGAUGUGGUACUACGCUGAGCUGGAGAUGAAGAAGUGCUACUCCCUGCCUGGUGGCCUGCCGGACACCGAUAAUGAAGAUCAGGCUUGCUUCAUUUGGCGACGAUGGGCUAACCUGUUCGAGACCUCGCAGUCCCUGUUUUGGGCUUCGUUCGGUCUUGUUGAAUUGGACGCCUUCGAGCUGGUGGGUCUGGGCUCCUUCACGCGGUUCUGGGCCAUGCUCAUGUUCGGUUCGUACUCCGUCAUCAACGUCAUCGUGCUCCUCAACCUGCUGAUCGCCAUGAUGUCCAACUCCUACAACAUGAUCCACGAACGUUCCGACACUGAGUGGAAAUUCGCACGCACGAAGCUCUGGCUCAGUUACUUCGAGGACGGAGGCACUGUGCCGCCACCCUUCAACGUUAUUCCCACCCCCAAGGGCAUCAUGCGGGCUCUGGGCUUCUCCGGCAAGUCCAUGAGAGGCUCCGUCAAGGUCAAAUCAAAGAAGCUUGCGGAACAGCGGCACAUGAACGUGAUGCGUUUGCUGGUGCGGCGCUACAUCACGGAGCAGCAGAGGAAGGCUGACGAGAAGGGCGUGACAGAGGACGACAUUAAUGAAGUGAAGCAGGAUAUCUCCACCUUCAGGUAUGAGCUGAUCGACAUCUUGAAGAACAACGGCAUGAACACUUCCAUGGUGAACGCUGAGGACUCCUCUGUGGUGGGCAAGAAGGGCCGAGCCAUGGAGCGGCGCCUCAUGAAGGGCUUCAACAUCGGCAUGGUGGAGGGCAUCAUGACGGAGAUCCUCACGUCUGACAAGAAGCCCAAGAACAUCUUCGGCAAGCUGGCCCGUGCCAUGGGCAAGAAGAAGAAGGAGGACUGGAACGCCAAGGUGUCGCGAGCCUCACUGCGGCGAGACCAGAUCGGCUCCUCGCAGACCAGCCUCAGGAGGUCCCAGACGUCCAUCAGGCGCCGCAUCCAGCACGAGAACGAGAUGCUGCUCAAAACGCUCAACCCUGACAAAAUCGUGGAGUACAACCCCAACCUGGAGAACUUCUCGCCCACCACUCGUGUCGCCUACGCCAAGUUCAAGGUCAACACCCUCAAGAAGGAGAAGGAGAAGAAGCUUGCGGCCGAGAAGAAGGCAGAGACGCAGCAGAAGGCGGGCGCUGCCAACCAGAAACUUGCGGCGGAGAAGAAGGACGACACAUCAAAGAGGCAGUUCCAGUCCAGGACCCCCACGCCACAACCCCCGGCCAAGACUCCCACUCCUGAUCCAGGCAAGGCCCCACCAGGCAGGGCCCCCACCUCCUCGUCACCCAAGCCACCCGCCACACAGCCUCCUAAGCCACCCACCACCCAGGCCCCUAAACCACCUGGACAAAUCCCUCAGCCGCCAAGCGCCCCUGCUCCUAAGCCUUCCGGCCCUGCCCCUGGUAAGAUAUCUGUUCCUGCCGCCUUCCAGCAAGAAGGGCAGGUUCAGGCCCCGCCACGCGCUCGCCCAACACCACAAAGCGCCAGACCCUCAUCUCCACCACCCUCCCAGCCUCCCCCCAGCGUUCCCAAGGAGCCCAAGGUGACAGUCAGUCCCGCACCACCAGCUGCUGCUCCACCUAAAGCCUCCCCUGCACCACCCAAGUCGCCUUCCCCUGCCAAGUCACCCACCCCGUCACUAGCUCCAAAGUCUGCCGCCGCGUCCCCCUCUCCAGCCAGCUCAAGGGCCCCCACCCCUGCCAAUGAUGACCCUAUCGCUUCCGGCAAGUCUUCCGUGACUGGGCAAGUCCGAACUGGCUGGUUGUAACUCCACAGCUGCCUUCACUUACUUCACCACACUGCCUCGACUGUGCCCGCCAAAGUCACGCCAUCUAGAAACCGUAACUGCAAGGUGAGGAAUCAGGUGUGUCGGGUGGACCCUUCCCUUGCCUCUGUGGCCUCUCCUGUGACUAUCGGGUGGCAGACAAGAGGUGCAGGGAGGGUCGUUGUCUCUCAUGGCGGUGUGUGGUUGUCUUUUUCAGGUUUACGUUUAAGAUUCACUGAGUUUUGUGGCCAUAGCAAUGGUUAACACACACACACACACACACACACACACACACACACACACACACACACACACACACACACACACACACACACACACACACUUAUGCAUUUGAUGGCUGUAAAAUGUUGUUCAUAUGUCUCCCCUCAACCGUCCCCUAUCUUUUCCUCCUCCGUCAUUACCAGCCCCUCACCUGCUCAUCACAAACCCAGGACUGUCUUCCCAUCAGCCUCAGCCCGCUCACUUCCUUUAUUCAUGUCGUAUUUCACUGAAUUAAGCGUUUUUAAGUGUUUCUCUGUUUACGUCUACUUGAAUAUCUGCAUGCACUGAUCUCUUGACUUUUGUAUCUCUGUUGAUUUACUGAUUUGCAUGAUAUUGGAUGACUCAUGUGUUUUAUCAAUAAGUAGCAUUUUUUUUUUUUUUUUAGUGUGUGUUUAGAUUACCACCAGUGAGGGUACAAUGCAUGAUGUAAAUGUUAAUGAUGGUGAUGGUGGUGAUGGGAUGUACAUGUAUUAUUAUGAAGCAGUAACCUCACUUGAUAGUUUUUUUUUUUUUUUUUUUUUUUAGCUGUAUGCAAUGUAUAUAUUUUUAUACAGUUACCCAUGUAAAUGCCUCGUUCUCUUCUUGUACAGUGAAAAAAGAAAAGAAAACGGUAACAUAGGCUGCUGGGGAUGUAAUACUAGCUUAAAACCCACGGCCUGUUGAGGAAGUUAGGGGCAGUGUAUUGCAGAUACUAAGUUCCUAUUGAUUGGUGAGAGGAGGGUGCAUGGGCUGGGUUCGGUUAGGCUGGUGAGGAGAGAACAUGAGAGAAACUGGUGACUUUACCGUCUUUUUCUCUUGCCUAAUGCAUUCACUUUUGCAUGUAUAUAAGAUGCUGUACUAAUAUGAUUUCUUGCAAGCAUUAUUUACUUUUUACACGGAGAUGAAGUGCAGGGCGUGAAAAAAAAAUGACGCUGUACAUUCCGUGGGGUAUUUAUUUAUCUAUGUAUUUGUUCAUUUAUUCAUCCAUUCGCUCUGUCAUUCAUAUAUAUUGUGUUCUGUGUCAAGGAGAGAACAUAAUACAGUUAGCCUUCAUAA